AUGACUGAAGAAUGGGUGCAAUUGCAAGCGGAGGAAAUUGAAGCUUUAAAUAGUAUUUUUGAUCCGAAACAAUGGAAACGUGAUGAGAACGAUAGUCGAAGAACAUAUAUAUUAACUGUCGAUCAUCGACCGGAAAGAGCGAUUAGUUUAGAAGUGACGUUUGUUGAUGGCUAUCCCAUUGAUGUACCAAUGGUUUACAAUAUCCGAGGACCAUGGCUACGAGGUGAAGAGCGAAAGCAACUAACAGCUGUCCUAGAAGAUGUUUACAUGUAUGUUUACAGCGUUUCGUUAUUCGGAAUGAACGUUUUUGAUAGGGAUAAUAUUGGUAAGCCGAUAGUAUUCUUAUGGGCUGAUGCAUUGCGAGAUUUUGUUGAUAGAACAUCUGAUAAACACGAAAAUGAUACUAGUCAGAUAAGUGAACUAAUCGAUACUCAAUCUGUUUCAACAGUCGAUAAAUCAUCAUCGGAAAAAGAAAUCGUCGUGCCACCCAUCUAUAGUGACGAAUCAUUCGAAGAUCGAAAAAGUGUCUUUCAAGCUCACUUAAGUCCAGUGCAUAGUAAAGAGGAGGUUCAUUUGGUUCUCAAUAAAUUAAAAGAAAACAAGAAAAUCGCGAACGCUACACACAAUAUCUAUGCAUAUCGGAUUUGGGAUGACAAACGUAAUAUUAUUAUGGCUGAUUGUGAUGAUGAUGGAGAAACAGCUGCAUCAAGUCGAAUGCUUCAUCUGAUGGAUAUUUCCGAAGUCAGGAAUGUAUUAGUCGUUGUUUCAAGAUGGUACGGAGGCAUUCAAUUGCAUAAUGAUCGAUUCAAGCAUAUAAAUAAUGCAUGCCGAACAAUUCUACUUAAUCAUGGUUAUAUAAAAAAAACAUCGGACGGAACAAAGUGCAAAUCAAAUAAAUAA